UGAAGGUUGUGCUUUAGAGUCAGGCGGAUCUCAUGCUGUGCAGGGACAUUGGCUUUAUCCCUGCGUUCCUUACUUGAUUGAAAAAUAAUGCAUUCCAGCAAAGCCCGAUACUUAGUCUUCUUUCAGUAUUAUGGAACAAAGUAUAGAUGGUGGUUAGGGAUCCAUAUAGAUUCUGGUCUGUCAUCUCUCCUGCUUGGCUUCAAGUCCAGGAUUCUUGGUCUACCCUAUAUCCUAGUUGUCCCCUGUGGCUGCCAAGAUCCCUUAGCAGGCCAUCUAGUCUCUCAGCCAAUUGGGUCAUUUGCUGGAGGGUGAUGCUUACUGCGAUGGUCACAGCCAGUGGCGUUAUGGAGACACCUAUUACUCAGUCUGUCCUAGGAGUACAAAACUAUUUGGAGGUGGCAGCACAAAAACUCAGGCCUGUUGGCACCAUCAAAUUCUUUAUCUCCAGCAGAACAGACUCUGGUGUCCAUGCAAUCUGUAACUCAGCACAUGUGGAUAUAGAAAGGGCAAAAGGGAAGCCUCCAUUUACAGAGGAAAUUCUAGUACAAGCCAUGAACCACCACCUGCAACCAGAGCCCAUCAGGUUACUAAAGGCCAUUCGUGUAUGUGACAACUUCCAUGCUCGUCACAAUGCUCUGUCUCGGACGUAUGUCUACCGUGUGGCAGCAGGAUGCAGUCGUCCAGAGCUUCCUGUGUUUGAGGGAAACCUUUGCUGGGCAAUACAAGAUGGUCUGAAUGUGACAGCAAUAAAUGAAGCUUCAAAGAUGCUCCUGGGUACCCACAACUUCAGUGCUUUCCGAUCUGCUAAUUCUGAGAAUGCCUUCAAGUCUCCCAUCAAGACUCUGCAGCAGGCAGAUAUUAACCCUUCCUGUGGCAUACUGACACAUCAUUGGCAGAGCAGAAACCUGCAGUUUUGGGAUUUUACUUUCAGAGCCAGAUCCUUUCUAUACAAGCAGGUGAGGAGAAUGACUGGUGCGCUAGUUGCUGUUGGACAAGGUCGGCUCACACCACAACAAAUAAAGGAGUUUCUGGAGAAUCAAGAUCCUAAUUGUUUCCUGGGGAACUUUGUUGCUCCACCACAUGGGCUUUUCCUUAAGGAUGUAGAAUAUGAUGGAACCAAAUUGAACGGCUUUUCAGCUGAAGAGACGCAGAAAUAUUCCAGCCACUUGAACUAAGCCAAGCUUUCUUUGCUGCUCUUGUCUGUUCUUAUCUACUGUUUGUAAAAUAAAUGCAUAUAUUUUUUAAAA